AUGCUCUCAGCAGUCUCGAGGGUAAACCUUAAGAGAAGUCUGGCGACUCAUGCCCAGUUCCCAGCGACGCCGAAAGAUUUUGCAACUCGCAUGCCACCGUAUGCCAAAUUAUUGUCUAAGCUAGGUAAGGUUAAAGAGCUGACGAACAAUGCGCCAUUGACAUUUGCUGAAAAGAUUCUGUAUUCCCAUCUUUGCGAUCCGGAAGAGUCGAUCACGUCUUCCAAGCUGGAAGAUAUUCGCGGGCUACAAUACUUGAAGCUCCACCCGGACCGUGUCGCCAUGCAAGAUGCGUCUGCUCAGAUGGCUCUACUGCAGUUUAUGACAACGGGCCUUUCAGAAACUGCCGUUCCCGCAUCCAUUCACUGUGAUCAUCUUAUCGUCGGUAAGAAAGGUGAGACGGAAGAUCUGAAAUCUUCGAUCGCAACGAACAAAGAGGUGUUCGAUUUCCUGCAAAGUUGUGGUAAGAAAUAUGGUAUCCAAUUCUGGGGUCCAGGUUCCGGUAUUAUCCAUCAGAUUGUCUUGGAAAACUUUUCCGCCCCAGGUUUGAUGAUGCUAGGGACUGACUCCCAUACUCCUAACGCUGGUGGUCUAGGUGCGAUCGCCAUCGGUGUCGGUGGUGCAGAUGCUGUUGACGCACUGACCGGCACGCCAUGGGAGUUGAAAGCGCCUAGAAUACUUGGCGUUAAGUUGACUGGCCGACUCAAUGGUUGGGGCUCUCCAAAGGACGUCAUCACUAAGCUUGCGGGUCUUUUGACCGUCAGAGGCGGUACUGGCUAUAUUGUCGAAUACUUUGGUGCAGGUGUCGAGACUUUGUCAUGUACUGGCAUGGCCACCAUUUGUAAUAUGGGUGCUGAAAUUGGCGCUACAACCUCCACUUUCCCCUACCAAGAAGCACAUAAAUUGUAUCUACAAGCCACAGGUAGAGGCGCAAUCGCGGAACAUGCCGAUGUUGCUCUUCGUGAAUAUGGUUUCCUGAGGGCAGACGAAGGCGCCCAGUAUGAUAAGGUGAUUGAAAUAAAUUUAUCAGAGCUUGAACCACAUGUUAAUGGUCCAUUUACGCCUGAUCUAUCUACCCCAAUCUCCAAGUAUGGCGAAAAGAGCUUGAAAGAAAACUGGCCUCAGAAGAUCUCAGCAGGUUUGAUUGGUUCCUGUACCAACUCUUCAUACCAAGAUAUGACCCGUGCGGCCGAAUUGGUUUCCCAAGCAGCAAAAGCAGGCUUGAAACCAAAGAUUCCAUUUUUCGUUACUCCUGGGUCAGAGCAAAUUCGUGCCACACUUGAAAGAGAUGGAUUGAUUGAAACUUUUACCAAAAAUGGUGCUGUCGUUCUGGCAAAUGCAUGUGGACCAUGUAUAGGACAGUGGGCGAGAGAAGACAUCCCAAAGAGUUCCAACCAAACGAACUCUAUCUUCACUUCUUUCAACCGGAAUUUUAGAGCCAGAAACGAUGGUAAUAGAAACACCAUGAAUUUCCUGACCUCGCCAGAAAUAGUUACUGCCAUGAUAUAUUCUGGUAGUGCGCAGUUCAACCCAGUUACUGACAUCAUUGAGUUGGAGAACGGCAAAAAGUUUAAGUUUGAACCACCUAAAGGUCAAGAUCUACCAAUAAAAGGCUUUGAACAUGGUAGAGACGAGUUUUAUCCCGCUAACGAUCCAAAACCAGAAGCUGAAGUUCAGGUGGAAGUUAGCCCUAGCUCCGAUCGCUUACAGCUUUUGGAACCCUUCGAACCUUGGAAUGGUAAAGAGCUUCAAACAAAUAUCCUGAUGAAAGUUGAAGGUAAGUGUACGACUGAUCACAUCUCUGCAGCGGGUGCCUGGCUGAAAUACAAGGGACAUUUGGAAAAUAUCUCCUAUAAUACUCUGAUUGGAGCUCAGAAUAAAGAAACUCAUGAGGUUAACAGGGUCUAUGAUUUUGAUGGGACUGCUUACGGCAUUCCAGAGCUGAUGAUGAAAUGGAAGCAGGAAAAGAGACCUUGGACCGUCGUUGCAGAGCACAACUAUGGUGAAGGUUCUGCCAGAGAACAUGCUGCUUUAUCACCUAGAUUCCUAGGUGGUCAAAUCAUCUUGGUUAAGUCAUUUGCAAGAAUUCAUGAAACUAACUUGAAGAAACAAGGUAUGCUACCAUUAACCUUUGCUGAUGAAGCGGACUAUGAUAAAUUGGCAUCGGGUGAUGUUUUACAAACGGUUGGUCUAAUUGACAUGGUCGCCAAGGGCGGAGACAAUGGUGGACAACUUGAUGUCAAAAUUACGAAAAGCUCUGGUGAGUCCUUCAUUAUCAAAGCCAAACAUACCAUGUCAAAAGAUCAGAUUGAGUUUUUCAAGGCUGGAUCAGCCAUAAAUUAUAUUGGUAACCUGCGUAAGACACGUCAGUAG